CGCUGUGGCCGCGGAGGCCAGCGCGGGAGGAGGCCGCGCUCCGCUCCCCGGGCCGCGCCGUCCUGCUCCACGGCCGGCCAGCCCGCGCCCAGGAUCCCCCGAACGUUGGGGCCGGGCCGGUGGCUGAGACAGAGCUUCUAGAAGACAGGGAUCGUGCACGUCUGAUUUCUCCUUUCACUCACCAGUUACUGAGUGCUUACUUAGGAGCCAGGCACCAUUCCUGGUGCUGGGGUUAUAGUGAACAAGACAGGCAAAAAUCCCUCCCCUCAGGGAGCUUCCAUUCUAGUAGGAGGAAGCAGACGUACAUGAUAAAGAGGCCUGUCCCCUUUCUUCCCAGGUGCCAUGAGGAAGCCUCGCCAGAAGUCACGGCAGAAUGCCGAGGGCCGGCGUUCCCCAUCCCCCUACAGUCUCAAGUGCUCGCCUACUCGGGAGACCCUGACAUAUGCCCAGGCCCAACGGAUUGUUGAGGUGGACAUUGAUGGACGCCUGCAUCGUAUCAGCAUCUAUGACCCACUCAAGAUCAUCACGGAGGAUGAGCUGACUGCCCAGGAUAUCACUGAAUGUAAUAGUAACAAGGAAAACAGCGAGCAGCCUCAAUUCCCUGGCAAGUCCAAAAAAUCCUCAUCCAAGGGCAAGAAGAAGGAGUCCUGUUCCAAGCAUGCAUCCGGCACAUCCUUCCACCUCCCGCAGCCCAGCUUCCGCUUGGUGGACUCAGGCAGUCAGCCAGAAGCACCCCCGUUGCCUGCUGCCUACUACCGCUACAUUGAGAAACCGCCUGAAGACCUGGAUGCAGAGGUAGAGUAUGACAUGGAUGAGGAGGACCUUGCCUGGCUGGACAUGGUGAAUGAGAAACGGCGAAUAGAUGGGUACAGUUUGGUGUCGGCAGACACCUUUGAGCUGCUGGUAGACCGGCUUGAGAAGGAGUCAUACUUGGAGAGUCGUAGCAGUGGGGCCCAGCAGUCACUCAUUGACGAAGAUGCUUUCUGCUGUGUGUGCCUGGAUGACGAAUGCCACAAUAGCAACGUCAUUCUGUUCUGUGACAUCUGCAACCUGGCUGUACACCAGGAGUGCUACGGCGUCCCCUACAUCCCCGAGGGUCAGUGGCUAUGCCGCUGCUGCCUGCAGUCUCCCUCCCGGCCUGUGGAUUGUGUCCUCUGCCCCAAUAAAGGUGGCGCCUUCAAACAGACCAGCGACGGGCACUGGGCCCACGUGGUGUGUGCUAUCUGGAUCCCUGAAGUCUGCUUUGCUAACACCGUGUUCCUGGAGCCCAUUGAGGGCAUUGACAACAUCCCACCUGCCCGCUGGAAACUGACCUGCUACAUCUGCAAGCAGAAGGGGCUGGGUGCCGCCAUCCAGUGCCAAAAGGUGAACUGCUACACGGCCUUCCAUGUGACGUGUGCACAGCGGGCCGGGCUCUUCAUGAAGAUUGAGCCCAUGCGCGAAACCAGCCUAAAUGGCACCACUUUCACAGUGCGCAAGACUGCCUACUGUGAGGCCCACUCACCCCCAGGUGCUGCCACUGCUAGGAGGAAGGGUGACUCCCCUGGAAGACUUGGUGAGCCUCGGGAUGAGGAAGGGCUGAAGGGAGGCUGUGGGGAGGAGAAAGACAAAGAAGAGGUGGAAGAGGAGGAGGAAGAUGAAGGCCAAGGUGUAGUAGGUGGCCCCCUCAAAGGAGUGUCUAAGAAGAACAAGAUGACUUUGAAGCAAAAGAUCAAGAAGGAACCAGAGGAAGUGGGUCGAGACAUGCCCUCCAUUGUCCCCUUGGUCACCGUCCCACAGAUACCCUCUUACAGGUUGAACAAGAUCUGUAGUGGUCUCUCCUUUCAGAGGAAAAACCAGUUCAUGCAGCGGCUUCACAACUAUUGGCUGUUGAAGCGGCAGGCACGGAACGGUGUCCCCCUCAUUCGGCGCCUGCAUUCCCACCUGCAGUCCCAAAGAAAUGCCGAGCAGCGAGAGCAGGACGAGAAAACAAGUGCAGUGAAGGAAGAGCUGAAAUACUGGCAGAAGCUGCGGCAUGACUUGGAGCGAGCCCGGCUGCUCAUCGAGCUGAUUCGGAAAAGAGAGAAGCUCAAGCGGGAGCAGAUCAAGGUCCAGCAGGCUGCCAUGGAGCUAGAGCUGAUGCCAUUCAAUGUUUUGCUGAGGACAACACUGGACUUGCUGCAGGAGAAGGAUCCCGCACACAUCUUUGCUGAACCCGUCAACCUGAGUGAGGUUCCAGAUUACCUGGAAUUCAUAUCCAAGCCAAUGGAUUUUUCUACUAUGAGGCGGAAGCUGGAGUCCCAUCUGUACCACACCUUGGAGGAGUUUGAGGAGGACUUUAACCUUAUAGUUUCCAACUGCAUGAAGUAUAAUGCUAAAGACACAAUUUUCCACCGAGCAGCUGUCCGCCUGCGGGACCUGGGAGGGGCCAUCCUGCGGCACGCCCGGCGGCAGGCAGAGAACAUCGGCUAUGACCCCGAGAGGGGCACCCACCUGCCCGAGUCACCCAAAUUGGAGGACUUUUAUCGCUUUUCCUGGGAAGACGUGGACAACAUCCUCAUCCCAGAGAACCGGGCUCAUCUGUCCACGGAGGUGCAGCUGAAGGAGCUGCUGGAGAAACUGGACCUGGUGAGUGCCAUGCGGUCCAGUGGGGCCCGGACCCGCCGCGUCCGCAUGCUGCGCCGGGAGAUCAAUUCUCUGCGGCAGAAGCUGGCACAGCCACCGCCACCACAGCCACCCUCACUGAACAAGGCUGUGUCCCAUGAGGAGCUUCUAGCAGGGCCCCGGGGAGAUGUGGCUGUGCUGGAGCAGGCCCUGCAGGAGGAGCCAGAAGACGAUGGGGACAGAGAUGACUCCAAACUGCCUCCCCCACCAACCCUGGAGCCCACUGGGCCUGCACCUUCCUUGUCUGAGCAAGAAUCCCCUCCAGAUCCCCCCACUCUAAAACCCAUCAGUGACAACAAACCUCCAAGCCGAUUCCUAAAACCCAGAAAGGUGGAAGAAGAUGAGCUUUUGCGAAAAUCGCCUCUGCAGCUAGGGAACGAGCCCUUGCAACACCUGCUCAGUGACGGUGACAUCAACAGACUGUCCCUCAUGGCCGCCGAGGACCCUGACGGUGCCCCGCUCGGUAGUGUGGGCCGCCGCACCUCGGUCCUCUUUAAGAAGGCCAAGAACGGGGUGAAGCUGCAGAGGAGCCCAGAUGGCGCCCUGGAGAACGGCGAGGACCAUGGCGCAGCGGGCUCUCCUGCCUCUCCCGGCAGCAUCGAGGAUGAGCAGCACUCCCGGAAGCGGCCAAGGAGCAGGAGCUGUAGUGAGAGUGACGGGGAGAGGUCCUCCCAGCAGGAGGAAGAAACAGGUGUAACCAACGGCUUCGGAAAACACACGGAAAGCGGGUCUGACUCGGAAUGUAGUUUGGGUCUCAGUGGUGGACUGGCAUUUGAAGCUUGCAGUGGUCUGGUGCCCCCCAAACGCAGCCGUGGGAAGCCAGCCUUGUCUCGAGUGCCCUUCCUGGAAAGUGUGAAUGGAGACUCUGACUACAGUGGCUCAGGCAGAAGCCUCCUGAUGCCCUUUGAAGACCGUGGAGACCUGGAACCCCUGGAGCUGGUGUGGGCCAAGUGCCGAGGCUAUCCCUCCUACCCCGCCUUGAUCAUCGAUCCCAAGAUGCCCCGGGAGGGCCUCCUGCACAAUGGCGUCCCCAUCCCUGUCCCCCCGCUGGAUGUGCUGAAGCUGGGAGAGCAGAAACAGGCCGAGGCUGGAGAGAAGCUCUUCCUUGUCCUCUUUUUUGACAACAAGCGCACCUGGCAGUGGCUUCCAAGAGAUAAAGUCCUGCCCCUGGGCGUGGAAGACACCGUGGACAAGCUCAAGAUGCUGGAAGGUCGCAAGACUAGCAUCCGCAAGUCGGUGCAGGUGGCCUAUGACCGAGCCAUGAUCCACCUGAGCCGCGUCCGAGGGCCCCACUCCUUUGUCCCCUCCAGCUACCUGUAAGGGCGGGGCCGGCCUGGGUCUGCCUUCCCUGCCUCUGUCCCCUUCAUAGCAGGCCAGGGGCUGCCUGGGCUGAGGCCCCAGUUUUGACAAACUGCAUGGUCCCCCUGUUGGGCCUACUGUGUGCCAAAAACUUCCACCUGAGCUCCCUCAGGGCUGGUCCACUGAAGAACCAGUUAGAAGUAGAAGCAGCUGGGAGGCCCAGCGAGGAGAGGGACCUGGCCUCAGGAGGUGGGUCCCGUGCUCUUUAGGGUGUGUGGCCCCUCCGCCCCACUCCCAGGUAACCACACCUCAGGUGAGCGAGGCGCUGACAUUGACCCCAGAGGUGCUGUGGAUACACUCGGUCCCGUGGGGAAUGUCAGUGAGCUCACCCCGCCCCCCCCAAUCCUCCACCCAUUCUCACACCUCUUCCCUGUCCCAUCUGCACCUCCGCCCAGUCUGUCCCCUAUUCCUUUCCUUUCUCUUGUGCCAAACUGACAGAAACCAUUACCAAAUCGGUCUUCGUGUUUCCCUUUGAGGCCAGCUGCUAUGCUAGGUGGGUGCCUCCGCCUGGCUCCUUGGGGCCGAGAACAGAGGCCAGCCUGCCCCUCGGGUGACCCCUCCACCAGCACAUGCCCCCCGCCCCCUGCGGCUCCCCCUGCCGCUGACCCUUACAUCUGCAGACACCCAGCUGUGAGCUCUUCCCCCUUGGAUCGAGGGGGGCCUCCCGCCCUCGUCCUGUCUGGCCAGGAGGCAGGCUGAGGCUGGGCGGCUCCUGUUAGCAGACGGGCUGGACGUGUGAGUGUCCACCUGCCCACUUGGAGGUUGAGGCUUGUUGAGGUGGCGCCCGUCUGCCCUUCCUUCUUCCUCUCCGCUCCUCGGGGCUUUUUGUUUUCUGCAACGGCGGCCUCUCGCCCGUCCACCCCAUGGACAGCGCGGUGCCUGCAGUGGUGUCUUCCGGCCGGGCUCCGCCUGCCCAGCCUGGCCGCCCCGCUUCCCAGCUCCAGGGAAGCCUGCACUUUUGUUUCAGACCCUCUGCCCUCCCUCUUCCUCCUCAAUCACCCCCCCACCCCCCCAAUCACCUUCUUAAAAACGGAAGGAAAAAAGCUGUGAAACGGGAAGCUGACUGACAACCCACGACUUUCAGAGGCUUCGAUGCUCUCUGGGUGUUUCCUCUCACCUCUUAGGCACCAAAGUCUCGGGCCAGGGUGCAGGCCACUGAUUGCCAUGUUGAUUUUUAACCUGACGUUCUUUUUAAUUGUUUCAAAUUUUUCAUAGGGGAGUUUUGGAAAAAACGAAGUCACUGGGGAGAUUACUGCCAUUUUUACACACACGAGUUUUUAAAAAUACAGUCAACCAACCACCACAACUUCUUAUACAUUUGGGACACGAGCCAGAGUUUUAAAGGGAAGCAACAAAACUAUAACACCAAGGAUGGGGUUUGGCUUUUGUACAAUACUCAAAAUACAAUGCAGCCUAUGGCUAGGGAAGGACACGGUGUAUAUAAUUGUAAAAUACUGCUCUAAGUUAUUCAGGCCUCUAGUUCCCAUGACUAGCCCUCCGUUGUGUGGCCGAGCAUUUUACGUGCACACAGUGUGGUAUUUAAGGAGCCAGUGCACCCCUCUCCCCAGGUAGUCAGUCGGCUGUGACUCUGUGACCUUCGUCUCAACCUGUGUUGUAAGAUCUCGGGGCUUUCUCUAUUUCUCCUCUUUCUGUGUGUAUCUCUUCCCUCCGACUCUCUCUCUCUCUCUGAAUCUUUCUCUGAGUCUCAUUUUGAAAACUGCGCUUUUGGAAUGGGAAGCGGCUCAGAUCCUGCUGUGGCGUGGGGCCUGCGUGCCCCAGUCGCGUCUGCUGUGAAGCACACGAUGCUCUAUUUAUUGUAGAAAGUGACUUUAUUUGCUUUCUAGAAUUGUUUAUAACAGAUGGUAUAAGAGAGGUAAUAAACAGAAAAUCUAUGCUUGUAAAGAGUACAAAAGUUAAUUUUACCUACUAUAAUAUGACUGUCUGGAAUUAUUUUCUCUCUGAGAAAUAAAUGUUCUAAUGGGCAGCA